AUGUCCCGACCAAAGAAGUACGCAACCAAGGCCGAACGCAAGGCAGCAAAUCGCGAAAAGAAUAAGCGGUACUAUGCGAAGAACAAAGACGAAAUAAAUAAGCGCCGAAAGGAGACGCGCGCCUCGAUUAAAGCUCGGGAUCGGCGCCAAAAGGUCUGCAACAAGGCGAAGGCAUCUGUUCAACACACCAAGCCAGUAAUCACCGAAACCGAGGACUCCAGAGUCAAAAUAUCUACAGAAGCAGCUCUAGCGCCCUACCGAGCAUUCAAGUGCCUAGUUGGUGAUGCGCCCUUUGAGUACCAUAACUCAUUUUGCAAGUAUCUCAUUGAGCUGGCGAAGCAAGGCGAAGAUUGGAGAAACGAAAUUCUCAGCGCACACCAGACUCUUCUCCAGGUCUGCGGGAUAGGGCCAGAGUUCCGGAAGGUCGAUGCAAUGCUCAAAGACGUUCAGGAGGCGAUUGCUAAUGUAGAGGAUAUCGAAGUCCAUCUUCUCGGCACUUUCGAUGACUUCCUAACCGCGUUCCAGAGCGGCUACCUUUUGUUCCAGAAGUAG